UAAUGCCCACCGGAUUGGCAACCGUCCGCGAAAUCAGCUGGUAGUAGUAGUAGUAGUGGUUGGAAACCGUUCAGAAUCAUUACAUGUGUUUUGUGAAUUAAACGUUUGGAAUUUAUUUCCGUGUAGUCGGGACAGUCAUACACCCUAUAUUGUGCACUCAGACGCAGACGGCCCAGAAGGAUUGACAGUAUCGACUUUUGUGAAUCGCGUGAUAGGUCCGCACUUACUGUUUAUAAGGUUUACUUGAUUGACAAAGUUUAACGUGGAAGAUUUUACACCAUAUAUAUGGGUAUCUGGUGUAGCUGAUUUACAGCCUUUUGAUUCCGAAGGGGUUUUCCAAGUUUAGUGCUGGUGCAGAACCCCUGACCUGAUGGGGGCUAACCUAACGGUUUUUUUUUGUUUUCUUAAAAGGCUCCUGCAUGGCCAAAGACGGCUCUGACAGUGGGGCACGAUACAUAAAAGAGACCACGGGUGCAGGGGUUGAUGUAAUAUGUCAUCAGGUCUGAUGGUUGUUACGCCCUAAUUAGGUAUACCACAGGGUUGAUGUCGGACGAUCGAAAAUUAUCAUUAAUGAUCGUCAAUAGUGCACGAUGCACUUGGUCGUCUCGACAGCCGACUCGGCUUGUGCAUUUGACAUGCUCGUUGCAAUCGUCAGGUACACCCAUACGGGGCUGUGUGAACACAAAAUAGUAGGACACGAUAAUAAUAUAGGUAACCGCGGUGGUCGUUUAUCACGAACGGUACAUGGAUUGGCCGAGGAACAUAGACCAAGGCGGGGCUUGGAACGUGAUUGAUUUUUUCUCUCCGUUUUUCUCUCUCUCUCUCUCUCUCACUCGCGGUCGUCCUGUCGUCGGUCGCGUGCAAUGUAAUGUUAUUAUAACCGAGUGGUGCGUUUCGCUUGUGUUUUAUUUUAUUUUGUCACCGCAAGCGAUUUCUAUACAAUAUAAUAUUAUAGCUGCGCGUGUAGUCUUGUCCGCGGCGUGGUACCGGCGGUGUUAUUGACCACGAGACGGCCCGACGAUAUCCGCAUCGUGCCGCAAGUACACAUAUCAUUAUUGUCCUAUAGUCGCCUUAACUCCAUCGCAACACGUGUACCGAAUUCUAUGCCCGAGUUACCGUGUGUUUCCGAAACGCCGUUCUUGUUGCUAUCAUGUCGGUUUAUUAGGCCGGUGCCGAUCGGUUUUGCAGUGAUUGAAAAACGACAUCCCGGGGUCGCGGUCAAAUGUAUCAGUGCGGCACUUACCAGCAACCCGCCGCUGCCGCCGCCGCCGCCGCUGUGUUUGGAUACCCGCAGUCGUCCGGCUGGCACUCUCAGUGUUAUCCACACAAGGAUGAGUUCCAUCCGUUCAUCGAGGCGUUGCUGCCCAACGUCAAAGCGUUCUCUUACACGUGGUUUAACCUGCAGGCAGCCAAACGCAAGUAUUUCAAAAAACACGAGAAACGGAUGUCGCUGGAGGAGGAAAGACGUUGCAAGGAAGAGUUGAUGAACGAAAAACCCGAAGUGAAGCAGAAAUGGGCGUCCCGGCUUUUAGGGAAACUUCGGAAGGACAUAACUCAAGAGUGCCGGGAGGAUUUCGUGCUGAGCAUAACCGGCAAGAAGCCGGCCAUGUGCGUGCUGUCCAAUCCCGACCAGAAGGGUAAGAUGCGACGCAUCGAUUGUCUCCGGCAAGCGGAUAAGGUAUGGCGGUUGGACCUCGUUAUGGUCAUACUGUUCAAGGCUAUACCGUUGGAGAGCACGGACGGAGAGCGUUUGGAAAAAUCACCUGAGUGCACGCACCCAAGUCUGUGCGUCAACCCUUACCACAUAAACGUGUCCGUCCGCGAGUUAGACCUGUACCUAGCCAAUUACAUUAAUAGCCACGUUCUGAGUGGCAUUUACGACAACAACAAUGAAAAAGGCUAUUCGCACAACCCCUAUAACGGUGUGGUAUGCAACGAUAACAUUUUAGCGACCGGCGUUUUUUCGUCCAAAGAACUUUGGAGGCUUUCCAAAGCAUCGAUUAUUCAGAAUCCGAACGGUAUGCCGCCAAUGAAUAUCAUCAAAAUUGAAAACCCAGGGUACUAUUGCAGUAGUUUCACCCCUCCGGGCGACCACUCGUCUAUCAUGGCAUCGGGCAGCUACAGUCCCAUGUCCAUACAGAGGACCCAAAGCCCGCUGAACGAGCCCAGGAUCAAAAGAAUGCGAAGGAUGAGCUCGGCUGACGAUGCGGAAAUAGAUUUGGGUGGUCCUAGGGACAAGUCAAACUCGGAAAUCACAUACUACGGCCAAAGUCCCGCGUCACUAUCUAGUCAAACCAGCUGGCACUCGGACAUCGACCACGGUAUUCCCGGUCAACACGCUGGUAGUAUAGCGUCCCUGGCUUCCACCAACUAUUACGGGUCGGCCACUUCGGGCCCCGAACAGCACAGUCCGGCCAAGUACCCGGAGAACGGACACGACACGCUCUCGGAUUUUGUCACGUUCGUUUGUCAAGAAGCUGAGAGUUCCCAAGGCGCACAGGCGGGUCCCACAAGGAGUCCAAAAAUGGCCCAGUAUUAUCCAAGCACGAUGCUGCCGCCACCUCCACCGCCCCCGAUGGCCCGACCAGUAGCCAUCAUACGAUCUACAGGCGAAUUGACGAUUGCGCCUUCCAACUCGCCACCGACUUCGAACACACCACCCAUGGGCGGUGACGGGUCGCCCGGUGGCCGGGACUCGGACCAGAGUCCUCCGCCUAUGAGUCAGAUAUCGGAAGCGCAACUGUCCUCUUCCGGCCGGAGCGUGGUGACCAGCAGCCCGUUCACGGUGGCGGCCAACCGGGAUUACCACUUCUCGCACAUACAACACGGCCAGCUAUUCAGUUAUUCUAACAUCGGGUCGGUGAACACCGUGUCCGGUGUGAUAAGUCCGACCAACCUAAGUCUGCUGACAAACGCGGGAAGCACAAGCCCAUCGUCGACUAGACCCAGGGGCCAUUCGCAGACCACUUUGCCCAGAUGGAACACUCAGUGCACGUCGGCGCCGCCUUUCAUAUCGCUCGAAGAAGAGUACAUGAUGACGCCGCUCAUGUCCGGCAACAACGGUCAGGGUAACGGUGGUUCCCUUAUGGACGAUGACAGGUAUUUCACUAGCGUGGUCCACCAGACGACCGAAGGCCUGGACAGGAUGGACACAAACGAAUCUCAGCACAUCCAAUCAACAAACCCAGGUGGCCGGAACAGUCCUAACGUCACCGACGGUUCUCAAGACAACAUGAACAAGUCGCAGUCGUAGCUAUUAAGCGAACAAUAUCGAAUAAUAUAGGGAAAUUAUUUUAGUUAAUUACAUAAUAUUAUUUUAGUAUAAAUGGUUAUUAUUAUUAUUAUUACUAUUAUUACUAUUAUUAUAUAAUAAUUUAUUGUCGUAUGCGUGUAAAACAACAAUAGCGUUAUAUAAUUAAAGUUUAAAUCAAUUUUCAAAAUAAAUCAAUGUAAUAGAGACAUUAUAUAAUUAAUUAUUUUGCAUUGUUAGAGUUAAGGAAAUUGUAUUAUGCUUAUUGUUUUUUUAAGUCUCAGGCGGCAGUAAUUUUAAUUUAAA